UCACUCCAUCCACCUAGCAACCACAUGUACAGAAACCUGAGGGAAAGAAGGUUUCAAUAACAUGAACUCUUAACAGAUAGUGCUCGAUAGUUCUUCUACAACCACCUGGGGUCCAGCGAUGCCUAAACUACUAUUCUCCAAGAUCAGAAUCAACGAGUUCAAGGAUCUCAAUCGGAACAUAAAGCAACCAGAAACACUACAGGAGCAUUCGACACCUGGGCUAAAGUUAGCAGAUCUGCUGAUAAAUAAAGACUACCUGUCUGCUUUUCGCUCAUUCCUUGAGACUGAGUUUAGUGCGGAGAACGUGGAUUUUUGGUUGGCCUGCAGGGAGUAUAAGAAGAUCUCGCCUGUCAAACACCCCUACAGAGCAGCAGAGAUCUAUGAAGAGUUUCUUCAUCCUAUGGCGCAAAAAGAGGUCAACAUUGACCAUCACAUUCGUGACAAGAUCAAGAGAUCCUUGGCGAAUCCUGACCUCACUUGUUUCGAUGAAGCAGAGGCCCACAUAUACAAACUGAUGGAGAAAGACUCCUGCCCAAGGUUCCUCAAGUCUGAGGCCUACCAGGACCUAAGGAACACAAGACAGGAACCCAAAGUAGACCUGCUGUAGACAACAAAAGCAGAGAAAAGUCCCUCACCGAAAGAGGACAUGUGCACGUGGUUUAGGGGAAGUAACUUAAAAAAAACAGAAAGUAUGUGGCGUACAGUCUGAACCUCAUUGCUAUUGAGUGACAAGAUGAAAAAGAUGAUAAAACAAGAAGAUAAAAAUGUCACUAUCACUUGCAGUUAUAGUAAAUGACAUAGAAUGAAGAGAAAUUGCAUUGGUUUUGUUGCUGUUUUGGGAAGGGCAGGGUCAAGUGAUUUUUUACAGGUGAUUUUUGGAGUACAUUUCUGAACAAUACCAGUAAAUAAUGUUUUAAUGAUUAUUAAAAGUGUUUACAUUGUGUGAUCUAUAUUAAACAGUAUUACAUUUA